AUGUACAACCCCCAAUCCAACAACACCACAUACAUCUGCCUUACAUCGCUUGCACUUGGCAUGGCCAUAGCCCAGGCCCUUCUUUCCCGCCUGGUCCUCGCGGACUACGUCUUGCUUCUUUGUGGUUUCCACCUCAACGAGUUCAUCUCCAUCUGCCUCUACCUGCCGCAGUCCCUCACUCAAAACUCAUUUUUGAUCUGGAACAAUCAGGGUAGCCGCGAGUACUGGACGGUCCAGCUCUUCACAGUGGUGGAAUCAAUGGUUCUCCGGCGGCACCCGCUAGAUUUCGGUAAAACUGCCAAUUCAAUUGCAUUUGUGGUUCUGACUCUAGGAAUCGCUCUCCGGCACAUCGCCAUUAGACACCUAAGAACCGCAUUUUCCCACUAUAUAGACCCACAGAACCCUCAAUUGGUCACUUCUGGCAUUUACUCAUUCACUCGGCACCCCAGCUACCUCGGUUUCUACUUGUUCGUUGUGGGAAUACAAGUAUAUCUCAACAACAGCAUAAUGUUGGUGGCUUCAAUCCUAAUGCUUCGACAGUUCCUCCAAACCCGAGUUCGGUUUGAAGAACAUCACCUCACACGUAUCCAUGGCGCCGCGUACACCGACUACAAGCUCCGGGUGGGCACAUACAUUCCAUUUCUAUAG